CUUUAGGUUAGUUUUACAGUAACAGCUCUUACGGUGCAGUUAGUAGUCGUAAGGAACACCUGUUAGUACAAUUGAUGAUAUCGCCGACGACAAAGUGAGAGUGUUCGUCCGCCGACGGUUCCGUUUUCUUGCACACCACUAUUAACCGAGUGUCGUCGAGUAUAUAUUCACGAAAAAAUUUUUGAAAAUUUUUUUUUCGCUGUCAAAGUGUUGGGUGUGGGAGACAAAGUGCCUGGCAUGACAGUGCAGGACGAUCCAAAGGUCAUGCCUCAGACAGCAGCUACGAGAUCUCGUUUUAUGAUAACGGACAUCUUAAGUGGACCUGCUGAUGGGGCUGCUAUAAUUAGGGGAAGAUCGCCGAGUCCGGGCCCGAGGGAUUUGUCGUUGCAUUCGAAUCCGAUACACGAUAGCGAUACGGAUAGUUCCGGUCAUCCGGAUACCUCUAGUAUCUGCUCAAAUGGACAAAACGGAGACGACUCGUUAUCGUCGAAAAACGGUGCAAUAAGUAAAAAGCAAAGGAAAGCGCGAACGGCCUUCACCGAUCUGCAGUUACAGACGCUAGAAAAAAGUUUCGAAAGACAAAAAUACCUCAGUGUACAAGAUAGGAUGGAAUUAGCAGCUAAACUUAGUCUAACCGAUACGCAAGUGAAAACCUGGUACCAAAAUCGAAGAACGAAAUGGAAACGACAAACGGCCGUCGGUUUGGAGCUGCUCGCCGAAGCCGGCAAUUACGCGGCCUUUCAAAGGCUCUACGGCGCCCCGGCCUACGGCUGUUGGUACCCGCCGCAAUCGGCCGGCCCCACGGCCGCCCCCACCGCCGCCGACAUCUACUACAGACAGGCGGCCGCCGCCGCCGCGGCCACCCUCCAGAAACCGCUGCCCUACCGGCUCUAUCCUCCGAGCAUGGGCUUGGGCAUACCCGGACCCAGCGCACACAUAGGUUCGUUGGCGGCGAGCAGCUCGUUGAGCACGCUGAGCAGUUAUUACUCGAGUCCGACGCCCGAGGGACCGUCCCCGAGGUCUCCGAGUCCUGAUACGCCGCUGGAUCCGGGUUCGCCGGGCACGGCGGGCAGGCGGUCGCCUUCGGAAGACGAAGACACCAUUCACGUUUGAACGUGGUCGCGCGCAAAAUUCCAAUUGUGAUAUAAAAAGUGUACUAUAGCUGGACUUGUUAAUUUAUUUUCUUGGCGCUUUUCAGUGUAUUUGUCUUUAGACGGGACUCGCGAUUUGUGCGUACGGACGGAGAUUUUUUUUUGUAAUUAUAUUAGAGAACAUGUUGUCGUCUACCUGCUGUAUAAAAAUUUCAAAAAAAACAGUGGCCAGUGUAAAUGGAAUAUACGUCCGCAUUAUUAGUACAUAACAUUAAAGAAUCAUUUGAAAAUCAUUCGAUAUUUACCUCAAAAACACAAAAUUUUCAAUUAUUUAUUAUGUUAUGUGAUAAAAAUGUGUAAAUUAGAUGUGUUUUUUUUUUCGCCACAAUGUGUAUAAUAUAUUGUAAAAUCGGUGCGCAAGCCGUACUUUGUAAAUGGUUUUUAAUUUAUGAUUGCACUUCUGUUGUAAUCGAUUUUUCUUUCUUCUCCCUUUAUUUGUUUAUUUUUGGCUCAAUGAGUAUGUUUAUUCAUGUUAAAAUUAGAAAAUAGAAAAUAAAGGAUUUUAAGUUUUUAUUAUUA